AUGGAUCCAUUCCCAGAUCAUUUAAUACAGUUGUUGAAGACUUCUAAAUAUGUUCAUUUAGCUACUGCUGCACCGGACGGCCAUCCCUCUAUAGCUUUGAUGAAUUAUACAUAUAUCCCGCCACAUAAGGCAUACCAGACGGAUAAUGUAGCCCCAUAUAUUAUUUUUGGAACCCAUGUGGAUACAGAAAAGUAUCAUAAUAUAGUGGCAAAUCCGCAUGUUUCGUUGUUAAUUCACGAUUGGGUCACUGCUAAGAAGCUUUCGCUAAAGAAGUACAGUAAUACGAAUACCCCCACAGAAGGGGAUGUGAAGUCUCAGGAUGAAUCAGGACAAAGCAGAUUGUUAAGUCUGCUCCAGGAGCUAAACCAAGUAGAGUUGUCCCAAAUGAGCGCUUCUUUAAGGGGUUUAGCGGAAGUUGUGGAACCAGAUUCUGAUGAGUCCAAGUUUUAUGAACAUGUACUGCUAAAAGCAAACCCAGAUGCUAAGUGUUUUAUCCAAGGCGAUGACGUUGUUAUAGUCAAGGUUCAAGUGGAGCGUGCCAAGAUUUCUGACAAUGAGAAUAACACCAGUGUUUAUGAAUAA